UAAAGCUAUGAGACAGUCUAAAUUGAAAUGUAAUUUUUUAAAAAUAAAAAAUGACAUUGGGAUAAAAAACAGGAAGGAAGGUAACUCUUGUUCCAUCGAAAAUGUCAGCUUGACAAGUGAAGACGCAAGAGCACCUGCUUUCUCUGUUUUACAUUAACAUGUCGAUGAAACAUCAAUCAAGAAAUAUUUUGAACGUGAUACAUGACAGAACUUUGUCUGAGAAAGUUACUAGUAGGAGGAUACUGCGAGACCGAGUAUCAAACACUAAAAAUCUCUUCUUCAAAGACCUGAAAGAACACUUUGGAUGUGUAAAUGCCAUUGAAUUUUCCAACCAAGGCGGAGAACUCAUCGCUUCAGGUGGAGAUGACCGAAGGGUUCUGAUAUGGAAUGUAGAGAAAGCCUUGUCAGAUAUAUCCAAGCCUUGGACACUCAAAGGAGAACACACAAGCAACAUUUUCUGUCUAGGUUUUGAUUCAGAGAACACAAAAGUCUUCUCAGGAGGAAAUGACGAGCAAGUAAUUGUCCAUGAUUUAAAAACAGGAGAGACAUUGGAUGUGUUUCUACAUGAGGAUGCUGUGUAUGGUAUCACUGUGAACCCAGAGAAUGGCAAUGUCUUCGCCACAGCUUGUGAUGAUGGGAGGGUCUUGGUGUAUGACAUGAGAGAGCCUCCUGCUACAGCGGAUGCAAUUUGUUUGGCUAGUUACACAUCAUCCAUGCAUGCUGUGAUGUACAAUCCGGCAGAACCUCGUCUCCUAGCAACAGCCAAUGCCAAAGAAGGAUUGGGUUUGUGGGAUGUGAGGAAACCAAAAAGUUGUUUGUUAAGAUACGGAACCAGUGUUGCUCAACAAAGUGCCAACAGUGUCCGAAUAAAUCGCUCGGGUGACCAGAUUCUGGCCCUGCGCCGUAGACUUCCACCAAUUCUGUACAGCAUUCAUAGCAACAAGCCUCUGUGUGAAUUUGAUCACACUGGAUAUUUCAAUUCCUGUACCAUGAAGAGCUGCUGUUUUGCUGGGGACAAAGACCAGUAUGUUUUGUCUGGAUCUGAUGACUUCCGGUUAUAUAUGUGGAAAAUUCCGGAGGAUUUGUCAUCAAGGCGUUAUGUGAAUGAGGCUCAUAUGGUGCUUCAUGGGCACAGGUCAAUAGUGAAUCAAGUUCGCUUCAACCCCGACAAUCACAUUAUCAUAUCUUCUGGAGUGGAAAAAAUGAUCAAGGUGUGGAGUCCAUUUCAGCUUCCAAACACUUUUCCAGCAAUGCUCUUCACGAGCAAUAAGCAGCGCCCAGUGUACAGUCAUGAAGAAUACAUCAACCUCAUUCUGAACAGUGGGCAGUUUAUGUCACAUGACUACUCCAACCAAUCAGUGGAGGAAGAUCCACGCAUGAUUGCUUUUUUUGAUUCUUUAGUUCAGAGAGAAUUGGAAGGAAACAGCUCUGAUCCAGAAAUGCUGAGUGAAGAAGAGGAGAUAUACGAGAGGUUUAUUCAGUUAUCUAGGUCAGAUAUUUCUGACACCUCAGAAGAUGAAGUUGAAAGACAUGAUGGGUUGUCUGUGGAGAGACUUGAGCCAGGGAGCGACACGGACAGUAUUGAUGACCCUGCAUUUAGUCCUUUUACGUUGGCAUUUGCAAGUGUCAUGGCUGCCCAAGCUACGGAUACUAAUCAAACAGCCAGCAGGCUUAUGAAUGCGUUAUCUGAAGAUAGUAAUUAUCAAAAUAACAAUGGAGAGAAUGAAAGCUCUCGAAAAAAUAUUUCUGAUCUUAUUGCUCAAAAGAGGAAUGAAAUGAAAAAACGAGUUCAGCAGGGCAAAUUACUGAAAAGACGGAGAAAUCAGACUGACUCUUCAGACUCAAGUGAAGAUGAGCAGCCUCAAACUGGUAAAUUAUCUGGUCAUCCUGUAAAUAUCCUUGCUGCUCAAACUCAAAGAAGGCAAUUACAACUGAAAAGACUCAGACAACUCAGAAAUAAUGUGCUACAGACAGAGGAAGAUAACAGUGAUGAUGAGAACCAAGUGUCUUCUGCUCCCGUCAAUCAUUCAGAGCCUUCAACUUCAAAAGGAAAUCCAGGGUUGGGUCCAUAUUUAUCUGAAAACGGUAAAAACAAUUCGCAUUAUAACUCCUGUGUUGACACUGGCCGAGAAGCAGAAAAACUUUUCAGCGAAAAUGGAUCAUCAAGUUCAGUAACCCAGCAACCAAAAGACGGUGUUCAGAAUCAUCAAGGUGACAGUCAGCAACCUGGAUGUAGUCAUGACAAUGAUGAAAACAGUGAGGAAGAGGGUAGUAGGAGAAAAUGGACAGAAUUCAAAUGUUUCAAAAACAAAUCAAAAAAGAAUAAGAGAACUUAUCGUAAAAACAGUGACCGGGAUGAUGUGUAAAGGCAAUUUGCUGUACAUGUACUAUGAAAUUGACAUUGGUUUUAUUAUAUUAUAUAAUAACAUACAUAUUUACUUGUGAUAUAUAUUAAAAAGGAGCCAGUAUAAAGCAGCACAAAAAACACUCUUAUAGUGAUAUUAAGUGCCAGGGACGAUCGAUUUUGAUUCAUUUUAAAAGUAAUUUGUAAAAAUAUAAUAGAUUAAUUACAGGUAUACACUUUAAGAGGGUCAUUACAAGGGGAAUGACACUGAUAUUGCUGUAAGCAUGUACUGUAUACGGUUAUUUUUGCUCCGUGUUUGUUUUGCUCGUUUACUCUUGCGAACAGUUUUGACUUAACUUGAAUUCGCCCAGACACAGAUAAAAAUAAUUACUCUUUCUAAUUAAAACUGUUACUUAAAAACUGUUUUGAAUUCGCUUAGUCUAAAAUUUUCCAGCUGACAACAAGGGCGAAAGGGGCGAAAAACAGGGGUGAAUAUUUCCCUGUAUACAGUAUUCAUUAUAUAAAGCAUAUAUGUGUAAUUAAUUUUUACUGUCUAGUAUUCUUUCAAAACUUAUAAGAAAAUAAGAUACUUGUGUAAUAUUGGUUUUUGGAGAAAUCAGUUACUGUCUUUGUGCUUUUUCAGAAAUAUACAAAGACUUUUACAAUUUUGGAAGGCUGUCCAAUAUUGUUCUGAUUUUCAUAAAGUUAGCUACCUUUAUGACUAAUUUUUCCAGAAAUUUUAAAAAUUGUACUUUUAGGUGUUCAUAUCUAUAUGCUAUAUACUAGAUUAGUUUCAUUGCUUUAUUGACUGAACUAAUCAUGUUUAGCAAUUUCUCUGUUUUGCACUUCAAAAAGAUUGUUGAAAUUAUCAUUUUAGAUAUGUUAAGUUCAUAUGAAUUAUGUAAAUAGUAUUACAUAUAAUUGACAAAAAAUGGAUGUUUUCUCAUCAAUUUUAAAUUCAUCAUAAUUUACAGAUUUAUGGUUGGGAACUAUUUGAUACCAACUUUGUACACUAUUAGUAUAACACUUGUUCAGAUUUCUUUAAUUGCAUACAUAUUCAAACAACUACAUGCUUUGAUGUUUGCUUGUUUUUAUUUGGAGAAGAGGGGCAAAUUCUGCAAGAACUUGUUUUAAAAAAUUUUUGUUAUUCAUAAUUCUGUAGUAAAAAACCUAUAUAUUCAACCUUUCUAGAGCAAAAUUAUAUUAUUGUUAUUCUGUAUAUAAAAUAGAAAUUAGUUUAAGUUCUAUAUUACCAAACUCUGUUAUAUGCAUGUUAAAUUUAAUGCCUAGUUUUUGUCUCGCAUUUAUUUGUUACAGAUAAUUUACUUACAGAAUUAUCAUAUUAAUACAGCUACAAGGAGUCGAUAAAGUUGUUAUUUUUAGAAGUGCAUGCAUUUUCAUGUUUGUCUUAAAUUUAUAAUAUACCUUACUGAUUUUGUCGUUUAUUGAUAAUAUUACAUGACGUACAUACUAUGAAGACCACUGCAAGGUUGUUUAUUAUUUAAUUUCUUUCGGAUAAUUUUUGGUGGUUUAAGGACAGAAAAAUACAUUGUAAUAUAUAUUUACUGUAAUUAAUGUGACAUAUGCUAAUUUUGAGUUUUGAGUUGCAGGACCAUGGGAGUGCAAUGUUGAUUUGUUACUGAUAAAUUAUCACUAUUAAAUAGUACUCACAAGAUUU